AUGCGAGCGGUUUUGCAGCGGGUGAAAUCUGCCAGCGUCACCGUAGACGGAAAGCUGAUAUCCGAAAUCGGCAAGGGUCUACUUGUACUGGCGGCAAUCUCCAGAGAUGACACAGAAAGAGAUAUAGAAGCCAUGGCUCAAAAAAUUCUGAAAGCGAAGCUCUGGGACGAUGCAUCCAAAGAACCCCCUGUUCGCUGGAAGCUAGGGAUAAAGGACAUUGGAGGUGAAGUUCUUUGCGUGUCCCAAUUCACGCUUCAUGCCUCUCUGAAGAAGGGUGCGAAACCAGACUUCCACCAGUCAGCCAACGGCCUCAAAGCGAAGACUCUCUAUGAAAUGUUCUUCAACAGGGUGCAGGCGCUCUAUUCAUCCGAAAGGGUUAAAGACGGGAUGUUCGCGGCCAUGAUGGAUGUGCAACUCAUCAACGAUGGGCCGGUUACUAUACAAAUAGACACGGAUCCUCCAAAGUUGCAAGAUCCUACGUCACUUGGUACCCCCUCCGCUUCCAUCGAUAAUAUGACUAAGAUAUCGAAAGAGUCGGCUGAACCGCUCGAGUAG